AUGUCUUCGGAUUCAACUUAUUGUCGAGUCUCUCCACUCCAUGAUGAGUCCGAAUUACUUUUGUCAAUCACCUCGUCGACUUUGCGUCAUCAAUCAAUCACCUCAUCAAAGUCGACAUCAUGGGACCUGGUCGUAAUUCACCUUGUGAUGCCGUCAUCUUUACCUCGCCGUCGCAUCGAUCAAGUUUCGCAUAGCCGUUGCGUCACGUUCACUGAAUUUGCUUCACGUUGCAUCGAUCAAACUUUGCUGCACCGUCACAUCGAUAAGUUUUGCCUCAUCGUCGCGUCAAUUAAGCUUUACCUCGUCGUCGCAUUAGCCAAACUUUGCCUCGUCAUCGCAUCGAUCAAGCUUUGCCUCGUCGUCGCAUUGAUGAAGUUUCGCCAUGUCAUCGCAUCACUUUCACUAACCUCACCUUGUUGCCAUCGCAUCACUUCGUCGCCGUCACAUCACCUCCUCGCCGAUGUCACCUUCCGAUCGAGCUCCACUUUACCUCGUUGCCAUCGCAUCACCUCAUGGCCAUCAGAUCACCUCAUCGCCGUCGCGACACCUCGUUGCCGAUGUCACCUUCUGAUCGAGCUCAAUUUCACCUUGUUGCCAUCGCGUCACCUCGUCGCUGUCGCGUAA